AUGUCCCAGUACAAAUCUGCAAUUCGUUCCCAACCACAAUCAGACUCUGCUCCUACUUCAAAGUACAGAGAGCAGGCUCGGCAGCUCCAGGAAGCCUUUCCUCGCUGGACCAAUGAAGACCUCCAGCUUCUUCUAGCUGAAGUCAACGGAGACAUCCAACUAGCAGCGACCAAACUCACAGAUGGCACUGUCGAGCAAUGGGACGAAGUAUCGCGCAAAAAGGACAAGAAGGCAUCCGCCACCUCUGCCCACCCUUCAAAGUCGGCCGCGGGGGGCACUGCCAGGGGCGACGCGCGUGGAGGACGGGGCGGACGAGGCGGGCGGGGCGGUGCUGCUGGACGCGGUGGUGCCGCAACACGCGGUCGCGGCGGUCCCCCCAGGGGCGCUCCCCAGGCCAACGGCCAUGCGGCCCAUCAUGCGCCUGCACCUACCAACGGUGUUGCUUCGACCUCGGCUGCUCCUGCGCCUGCCCAUGAUGACUCGGCCAAACACGAGGCUCCGGCCGCUCAUGACCAGCAACAGCAGAAUGGCGCUGCUUGGCCAGAGCCUGCUGCUCCUCAGACAGAGUCGACUUGGGCUGCACCUGCGACUGCUUCCAAGGAUCUGAAUGGCUCCGCCCAUACACCAACUCCUACUACUACUUCCACCACUGCCGCUUCCAAGCUGGCUGCCAAAUCCCCCGCUACCUCGAAGCUAUCUUGGGCACAAAUUGCUCGGCCUCAAGAGAAGCCAGCUGUAGUUGCUCCCCCUCGUCCUCCCCAACAACAACCCACCCAGGCUCCUCCCGCACCACCUUCCAUUCCUCCGCCUGAACCCGCAGCACAGGAGCCUGAAGCCCCUUCAGAGUCACAUGAGCAUGGAUGGGAGGAGCCAACGACUGUCGAAGCGCCUACAUGGGACGAUGAUCCCCAAGCGAGUCAGCCGGUGGCCGCCGAGCCCUGGCCUCCAUCAUCAACGGAAACAGCGGCGGAGCCUGCCAAAGUCGAAGCAUCCCCCGCACCAGCUGCGCCAGCUGUCAUACAGCCCGAAGUCAAGCCAGAGCCCGAGGAAGCGUCUGUUCCUGAGCCUGCUGUCCCAGAACAGCAGCCCAAAGUGGAAACCGCCAAGACUAUCUCGCCCCCUGUGGCCGCUGCUGUUGCUGUUUCGCCAGCAGUCGUCGCUCCUGCUACACCUGCGUUGUCGGCUCAGCCCACCGCGACCCCAUCGCCGAAGCUUACGACACGACCUGCAGUGCAGUCACACAGAAGCAGUGCACGCUACAAGGUUACGGAUCAGCCGGUGACGAUGCCUAUUUCGUUUGGCUCCGGACUUGAGAAAGUGGGUAUGCAGUUUGGAAGUUUGAGUUUGGCGGGUGAUGGUUCGGUCACUGUCUUGCCCGAGCCUGAAGCGCCUGCUGCUCCUUCGGAACCUGCUUCACCUCCUGUUGCCCAAGUCAAGGCUCAGGAACCAACUCCUGCGCCUGCCGCCCCCCCAGCUACCGCACCCGCUGCAUCGACCUCGCUCACCUCGGUGUUCCAGCAACAACAGCAACAACCCCAACAACAAACACUCGCCCCUCCUCAGACAUCAGUUACCCAUCACACCAUCCCCACGUCCAUCUCUCAACCCACGCCACCUACUCAAAAUGCUACAGCGCACACGGCUGCUGUGAACUCGCCACUGCAGCCGUUUGCCCAGCAGCAAAAUUCUACUACCACUUCUCAGCAAUCGCUCAGCAGCAACAACAAUAACACCGCCCCUGCUAGCACCACCCAUCAGACUCCACAACAGCAUCAGCAACCGCCUAAUCUCCAUCAACAACCUCAGCAUCAGCCACAGCAACAACAGCACAUCCAACAGCAUCUGCCGCAACAGUUGCAGCAGAACCAUACCGCGCAUCAACAGCAGCAGCAGCAUUCGUACGCCCAGCAUGGGCUGCCUACGCAUCUUGACCCUGCGACUCAGCAGCAGCAGGUUCAGGCGCCGGUGCAGCAGCAGCAGCAGCAACAGCCGCUGCAGGCUGCUGCACACUCGAGUUAUUAUAGGGGCGCGGAGGGUGCGGCGUCUUCGCCGUAUGGGUUCCAUGCGCCCACGCCCCCCGCUGCGCAGGCUCAGGCGAAUUCGUAUGGUUCGUUUGGGCAGCUUGGUGCCCAGGCACAGCAUCAGCAGGGAUCUCACCUUGGUGGGUUCGCGUCUUCUGAUUAUGGAUAUCCCGAGAAUUCGAGGGCUUUCUAUGAGACGUAUGCCCAGCAGACUGGAUUUGGCGGGAGGAACCCGUUGGUCCAUGAUGAUGUCAAGGGUAUCCCUGGAUCGCAGCAGCCUACUGAUCUUUCUAUCCCUCCUACUACUGGACAGGCUCCUCAGCAACAUGCAUCGCAGCCUACGAACCAGCCGCAAUCCGCUACCGGCCAAGGCCCUCAGCAGUCAUACCCUCCUCCCGUUCCUUACUACUACACCCACGCGUACCCGCAGAACCAGUACUACGGCACGCCGUACAGCUCUGGAUACGUCCCUCAGCCAUUCGUCAAGUACCCGACGAUGUUCCAGCCUGGCCCGCCUGGCCCUGGAUCGGCCGCUAACCCGUCCGCGAAGCAGCCUGCGGGCAAUGUAGGUGUUGGCGUACAGCCGCAGACGAACCCGUAUAACCCGGGCUUGUACCAGCAGGGCUACGACGACUACCAGACGCACGCGCAUCACUCGCAGCACCAGCACUCGCACAGUCUUGGACUGUCCCAGGGCGGUGUGGGUGUGGGUGUGGGCUCUGGGGAGUAUGGGAAGCAGUUGUAUGGAGGUGCGAAUCAGGGGGGUAUGCAGGCGUUUAUGGGGCUCGGUGGGCAGUCGGGUGCUGGAGGUGCUGGAGGGCCAGCGGCGAAUGCGGGACCGAGGAGUGCGGCGUCGCCUGAGGCGGCGUACAAGCCGUAUGCGAGCAAGGAUGUCGCGUCGGGUCCCAAUAGGGGUGCGCCUGGGGUGCAGCAAGGUGGGCAGGGGGGUCAGGGUCAGCCGCAGGGCCAGGGACAGGGUCCGGCGCAGGGAGGAGGAGGUGGUGGGCCGCAGGGACAGGGGUUCUAUGGUGGGAAUAGGUUUGGGAGCGGUGUGGGUGUUGGAGGUGCUGGGUCUGGUGUGGGCGGUGUGGGUGGACCGCAGCAAGGUGGACAUCAUCAGCAGCAGGGCGGUCCACAUCUUGGGUACCCGCAAGCUGGGAAUGAGCCGAAUUUUUAUGGGUAUCAGCCUAGGCAGCAGGGGUAUUGGCAGUAG